AAAACCUAAAAGCGUAUUUGCUUUUAUCAUACAUGCCAUGUUCCCUCUCCGGCGUCAAGCCACUUCCCAGACCCUUGCCAACCCCUCUGAGUUCUAUCUUCCAGAAACUCAACCGCCGGAACUGCCCAGGCAACCCUCGAGUGACUCGCCAACCGGCUCAACGCAACCCUGGAGUGACUCGCCAGCCGUCCCACAGCCCCCAUCCUCACCCCAUUCCCCGCCCUCGAUCGCAGACACCCGCGAAGGAUUGGUCCCUAAACGCCGCCUAGGCAUUGCCGACGAGGACGCCGGAUUUCUUCGUGGGACGAGGACGCCCCGCAUUCCUUCGUGGGACGAGCACGCCUGGAUUUCUUCGUGGGACGAGGACCGUGGACUAAAGUGCGGUGGGGGGAGUGACACCUCCCAAGCGCACCGUCGGGUCUGCAGCAAUGGGAAGGUCCUGUCGGCCUUUUUUCUGGACUAGCCAGUUUUUUUGCAGUCCGACCAGCCCGCCCCGACGGCCCACCGAUGAUGCACUCUGGUCCACACGAUCGUCAUAAAUAAAACUAACAAAAGCCUGGACCCAGCGAAAUCUGCUACACCCCACUUUGGAAGCUAUUCUCAAGCCCCUACAAACGUUUGCAUCCACCCUCACCUUCCGUUCCCCCCACUAACAGCUCCAUCGAUGGCUUCCACCCUUCAGCCUUCUGGGGGGAGGCCCUUGUAGUGCAACUGAAAAC